CAAAGCCACGAAAACAAUGGGGCAGAGGAUAUAUUCUCCAAUACAAUAUAUAUUUUCUUUUUUUCUUUUCCGUGGCCAAAUCGUGUAGGGAGAAGCCAAGCAUGUAGUCAACCUCAACUCCUUAUUAGGACCUUAAUCAAAUAAAGCUAGGCCCCCAAUAAAUUCAUAUACUAUAAUUUUGGUUUUUCCGGACAACUAGGCUGCAACUACAUCUAACGUCUAACGGAGAUCCGAACAGUGAAUUCCAAUUCCUGAAUCCAACCUCUUCUCUCGUCCCCAAAUUCCCACAAAUACAGUAGGAUUAAUCAAACAUUUGAUUGAAAACCUUUCUUCUUUUUCCCCUAAACACCACCUGUCUCCAAUUGCUGCGCUUUUUAGUUUUGACCCAUCAAACUUGCCGGCAUGUGGUCGUCUCUCGCCCAAAAGUCUACUCAUUUUAUAAUUCCCCAGUCACCCUAAUAACGUCCACUCUCUUAUCUCUAAUCUUUCCUGUCACGGUGCUUUAAAAGCUCCCCCUAUCUUUCAAUCUUCGUAAAUUCGUGUUUUCUCAUCUUUCCUUUUCCCAGAAAAAACCAUGUUUCUCUUUCCUGGAAGAAGAAAGUUUCCCUUUUAAAUCCUCCUCCUUAGGUUUAUUCUCUCUUCGUCUGAAAAACCAUGACGAUUCUUUAUAACCCAUUUUUUCUCUUGUUCAUAACUUUCUUUUUCCUAUUCCUUUUCCGGGUUGUUUUGAUCAAAACCGGGCUGAUUUAUAUUGUCAAGAAAAAGUGGCGUUUUAUCGAAGAUUGUUUCCAUGUCUACCAAUUCUUCAAAGUCCCAGAAUUCAAUGAAAGCAUGCAAAGAAACCUACUUUAUCAAAAAGUUUUGGCUUAUCUGAAUUCUCUCACUUCAAUUGAAGAUUCGGAUUUCACCAACCUCUUCACCGGCAAAAAACCAAAUGAAAUCGUUCUCCGUCUCGACCCUAACCAAAUAAUAGAAGAUGACUUUUUGGGUGCCAAGAUUUUUUGGAUUAACGAAGACAAAACUCUGGUCUUAAAGAUUCGAAAAGCCGAUAAACGAAGAGUUCUCCGGCCUUAUCUCCAACAUAUCCACACAGUUUUCGAUGAAUUAGAUGAGAAAAAGGACUUGAAGCUUUACAUGAAUGUCGCUGAUCAUCACGGUGAUCAAAAGGGACGGUGGAGAUCUGUUCCUUUCACGCAUCCUUCAACGUUUGAAACGAUAGCCAUGGAAUCCGACCUUAAAAGCAAAGUCAAAUCUGAUCUCGACUCUUUCCUCAAAGCCAAACAGUAUUAUCAUAGGCUGGGUCGUGUUUGGAAACGAAGCUAUCUGCUUUACGGUCCUUCAGGUACUGGGAAAUCAAGCUUUGUCGCAGCUAUGGCUAAUUUCUUGAGUUACGAUGUUUACGACAUUGAUUUGUCCAAAGUCUCGGAUGAUUCCGACCUUAAGUUUCUCAUGCUACAAAGCACAGCCAAAUCCGUGAUUGUCAUCGAGGAUCUUGACCGGUAUUUGUCAGAGAAAUCAACGGCCGUGAGUUUAUCAGGCAUUUUAAAUUUUAUGGAUGGGAUUUUAAGCUCCGGCUGCGGCGAAGAAAGAGUCAUGGUCUUCACAAUGAACGGCAAAGAUCAGGUUGACCCAGCGAUUCUUAGACCGGGAAGGAUUGAUGUUCAUAUACAUUUUCCUCUAUGUGAUUUUACAGCUUUUAAAACGCUGGCCAAUAGUUACCUAGGGCUCAAGGAUCAUAAGCUGUUCCCGCAAGUAGAGGAGAUUUUCCAAAAUGGGUCGAGUUUAAGCCCCGCUGAGAUUGGGGAGCUAAUGAUCGCCAACCGGAAUUCGCCAAGCCGGGCUUUGAAAUCGGUUAUUAAUGCUUUGCAAACGGACGGUGAUGGGAGGGGUGCCUGGAAAACCGGAAGGCGGUUGUGGGAGAAGGGGUCGAAGAAAUCGGUUGAGGAAAUUGGUGAACCCAGCGGGGUUUUUUGUAAAGAAGGUGCAAAUGCAGUGAAGGAGUUUAAGAAAUUGUACGGUUUGUUGAGGGUGAAAAGUUGUAGAAAAUCUCAGGCGUUUGAUCUUAACAGUGACCAAAGGGAAGGCUGAUGAUUAACUCCCAUCACAGUUUAUAGGAAGCUUAUCUUGUAGUUUUAGUGAUUUCAGCUAGAAUUUGUUCCCUUAAUAGCAGAAUUAGAAUUUGAUUCUGUUAAAAAUAUUAAGAGCACAUUUUCUUAGCCCAUUUUUGUUAUUUUUACAUCGUUAUGUGUUAACAUUUGUAGUAGCUUGCAAUUGCCUCUAUACAUGUACAUAAUAGCAUUAGAUUGAUGGGUGUUUUUCAAAUUUGUUUAUACAAAAUAUGAUUCAAUUCA